GGUGCACGUUUUAACAAGAUGGAGGACACUGACGAUCUGUUUGAUGUUUUCGAAAAAGAAAGUAAACAAACCAUAUGCAAGAAAGAUAAGGAGAGUAGCAAGAAAGCAGAAAUUUCGGAAUCGGAUGUUAUUAGGUCAGUUUUAAAGGAAAAACGAAGCUUCAGUGAGGUGGAUGAAGAUGAUGAUGAAGACGAUGACGAUGAAAAGUGCUCUAAAAAGCAAAAGAUAGCUUUAGCUGAUAUAAAUAUAGAAGAAUGUUUACCAAGAAUACAAAUACACACUGUUCAAACUGUGGAAGCAUGCCUUCAUGAAGUAGCUGUACCUCAUAAUGAAGUAUAUAAAGCAUUAACUUCGUCAUCCGGUCAACCAGCAAAGGAGUAUCCAUUCAUCCUAGAUCCAUUCCAGAAAGAAGCUAUUUUAUGCUUAGAAAAUAACCAGUCCGUUCUCGUGUCAGCUCACACUUCGGCGGGAAAGACCGUCGUUGCCGAAUAUGCCAUUGCCACAUCUCUGAGAGACAAGCAGCGUGUUAUCUACACGACGCCCAUUAAAGCUCUCAGUAAUCAGAAGUACAGAGAAUUUUAUGAAGAAUUUAAAGAUGUGGGACUGAUGACGGGAGACGUAACGAUAAAUCCGUCUGCGAGUUGUCUGAUAAUGACUACGGAAAUUCUCAGAAGCAUGCUUUAUAGAGGAUCGGAGGUCAUGAGAGAAGUCGGUUGGGUCGUUUUCGACGAAAUUCAUUAUAUGAGAGAUAAAGAGAGAGGUGUCGUGUGGGAAGAAACAAUCAUUUUAUUGCCAGAUAGUGUACAUUAUGUAUUCUUAUCUGCAACAAUUCCUAAUGCUAGACAGUUUGCAGAAUGGGUUUGUCACUUGCAUAAGCAACCUUGUCAUGUCGUAUAUACUGAUUAUAGACCCGUGCCGCUUCAACACUACAUAUUUCCCGCUGGUGGAGACGGUUUGCAUCUUGUUGUAGACGAUAAUGGAAACUUCAGGGAAGAAAACUUUAAUACAGCUAUGUCGGUACUUCAGAAUGCUGGUGAUGCGGCUAAAGGUGAUGCGAUUAUGAAAGGAAGAAAAGGAGGAUUUAAAGGAGAAUCUAAUUGUUAUAAAAUUGUCAAAAUGAUUAUGGAAAGAAAUUUUGCACCGGUGAUUGUUUUCAGUUUUAGUAAAAAAGAAUGCGAAGCAUAUGCUUUACAAAUGUCAAAAUUAGAUUUUAACACUAAUGAAGAGAAGGAAUUAGUGGAAGAAGUAUUCAAUAAUGCUAUGGAUGUAUUAUCGGAAGAAGAUAAGAAACUCCCUCAGGUAGAACAUGUUCUUCCACUGCUUAAGAGAGGAAUUGGCAUUCAUCAUUCUGGACUGUUGCCAAUAUUAAAAGAAACCAUAGAAAUUCUGUUUUCAGAAGGACUGAUAAAAGCUUUGUUUGCUACGGAAACAUUUGCCAUGGGUUUAAAUAUGCCAGCGAGGACAGUUUUAUUCACCAGUGCUCGCAAAUUUGACGGAAAAAGUUACAGAUGGGUCACAUCUGGUGAAUAUAUUCAAAUGAGUGGUAGAGCUGGUAGAAGAGGAUUGGAUGAAAGAGGGAUAGUAAUUCUUAUGGUUGACGAAAAAAUGAGUCCUUCGGUUGGUAAAGAAAUAGUGAAAGGUUUACCGGAUCCAAUUAACAGUGCAUUCCAUUUAACAUAUAACAUGGUGCUUAACUUAUUAAGAGUUGAAGAAAUAAAUCCAGAAUAUAUGAUGGAACGAUCUUUCUUUCAGUUUCAGAAUUAUGCUGCCAUUCCACAACUUCUUGAUAAAUUAAAAGUACUACAAAAGGAACAUGAUGAAAUAAAAAUUCCUCGUGAAUCCGAAAUAGGAACAUACUACAAAAUACGACAACAGUUGGGCAAUUUAAGUAAAGAAUUUCAGGAAUACCUCAUUAAACCGCAGUAUUGUGUUCCCUUUAUGCAGCCAGGUCGCAUGAUACAAGUAAAAAAUAACGAUAACGAUUUUGGUUGGGGAAUCAUCAUAAAUUUCCAGAAAAAGCAGACUAAAGAUAGUAGCCUAACUGAACCAGAAUAUACAAUAGAUGUAUUAAUUCAUGUCAGUAAAGAAAGUGCAAAAAAUAAACUCACUUCGUCGUUAAAACCACCACCUCCCGGCGAGAAAGGCGAAAUGCAAGUCGUUCCCAUAAGGAUGCACUUAAUACAACAAAUUAGCUCAAUUCGUUUGUAUUAUCCUCAAGAUUUGCGACCAUUAGUGAAUAGGAUGUCUGUGCUGAAAUCUAUUCAAGAAAUACAUAAAAGAUUUCCCGACGGUGUACCUUUGUUAGAUCCCAUUGAAGAUAUGAAGAUUAAAGAAAGUGGCUUUAAGGAUGUGGUACGAAAAAUUGAAGCAUUUGAACAAAGGUUAUACUCUCAUCCAAUACAUAAUGAUCCCCAAUUAGAAAAUUUAUACAGUUCUUAUAUUAAAAAAGUGCAGAUAGAUAUUGAAAUAAAAAAUGUCAAAUCAGAAUUGAGAAAGGCUCAGAGUUUAUUACAAAUGGAAGAAUUAAAAUGCAGGAAACGGGUGUUAAGAAGAAUGGGCUACAGUUCGGCUGCCGACGUAAUCGAAUUAAAAGGAAGAAUUGCUUGUGAAAUAAGCAGUGCAGAUGAAUUACUAUUGACGGAGAUGAUUUUUAAUGGCGUUUUCAACGAUCUGAACGUCCAUCAAGCUACGGCAUUACUGUCUUGUUUUGUGUUUCAAGAAAAGUCUAAUGAAAUGCCAAAGUUAACGGACGAACUUUCAGGACCACUGAGACAGAUGCAAGAAAUGGCACGUAGAAUCGCACACGUCUGCAAAGAAGCGAAAUUAGUUUUGGACGAAAGUGAUUACGUUGAAUCUUUUAGACCCCAUCUGAUGGAUGUCAUUUACGCAUGGAGCAAGGGAGCAAAUUUUGGACAAAUCUGUAAAAUGACUGACGUAUUUGAAGGUAGCAUUAUCAGAUGCAUGCGCCGUCUAGAAGAAUUACUCAGGCAGAUGUGCCAGGCUUCAAAGUCCAUUGGAAAUACGGCUUUAGAAAAUAAAUUUUCCGAAGCAAUCAAAUUAAUUAAGAGAGACAUUGUAUUUGCAGCGAGUUUAUACUUGUAAAAACUAAGAAAUCGAACUGUGCAUUGCAAAACCAAAGUUUGUUUAUUCUAAAUGCAACCUUUUGAUUCAACAGUUAAAUCAUUUCCAUUAUUAUGAAAUUAGUAUCUUAAUUAAAAUAUGUAUCGAGCCAUUUGCAUUUUUCAAAGUAAGAAUGAAUAGCAUUAGCUAACUUAAAUAUUUUAUUUUAGAGUAAGUAUUAACUCUAGAAUUUAACAAAAACAUUAUUUUAUGUUGUUUUCUCUUAAAAGCAAUUAUAUAUGCAUGUUUUUAAACUAUCAAAUUAUUUUUUCGUAUUAAUUAUGAUUGAUUUAUUUAUUCCAUGUAAAUAAAAUUUGCAUAAAUAAAU